UAGAUAUCCCUUUUCGGAAGCGAACACCGAACACGAACACAGAACGACAACGGCAACAGAAAAGACUACUAUAAAAGAAUAAAGCGAUUAAUCAAAAUCUUUGAAAAGAAAACUUGAAUUAUAUUGAUGAAAUUGUGCAAAUAUUGUGUUUUAUAAAGAGCAAACAAAACGAGAACCAUACAAAAAGAUCGGCAAACGCGCUAUAUAGUGAGCCGCUGUACAGAAAAAAAAAAGAAUUCAAACGAUUUGAUUUUUUGUACAGGGCAGCCCAGUCGAUUGAUUUAAAAGAUUGUGGUGUGAAAAGAGAAUUGCAUAGCGCAAUACAACAGAAGUCAGUUAGUCAGCCAGCCAACUCCCAUUUUCCUGCUGCUGUGCACCAUCGUAACUACUAAAAACAAAGACAACAAAACUACCAUCAUAUUCUUCAUCAUCAACUCUGUGAAUAGUGGCAAGCCCGCAAGCUUAUAAAAAAAUUAUAGAAAAAUGGCAGUGAAUGUAUAUUCAACAAAUGUUACAACCGAGAAUUUAUCCAGACAUGAUAUGCUGUCUUGGGUAAAUGAUUGUCUGCAAGCACAGUUUUCGAAAAUUGAAGAACUCUGCACCGGUGCUGCUUACUGUCAAUUUAUGGAUAUGCUAUUUCCUGGUAGUGUGCCUAUGAAACGUGUCAAGUUCCGUACAAAUUUGGAACAUGAAUACAUUCAGAAUUUUAAGAUAUUACAAGCCUCCUUCAAGAAAAUGACCGUGGAUAAGAUAAUACCGGUUGACAAAUUGAUUAAGGGUCGUUUUCAAGACAAUUUCGAAUUUCUGCAAUGGUUUAAGAAAUUCUUUGAUGCUAAUUAUGAUGGACGUGAAUAUGAACCAUUGAUUGCACGCGGUGGCAUACGUUUGGGCAAUGGUGUUGGUGGAGGCGGUAGUGGUGUUGGCAGCAGUAAUGAUUUACUAGACAGACGUCACAUACAAAUGCCUUCGGGACGAACACAUCAUGCUGCUGCACCAACACACACACGAACAACCGCUACAAAAGUACCACCCAGAGCAGCACCUGCAGCAAAUUCAAGAACCAAUGCCAUUUCAAACAGCGGUGGCGCUGUUAAGAAGGCAAAUGACAAUUCAAAUGCUGUAACAAAUCAACAAAUUGAGGAAUUAUCAAGUCAGGUUAUGGAUAUGCGCCUAAAUUUGGAGGGUUUGGAAAAAGAACGAGAUUUCUACUUUUCUAAAUUGCGUGACAUAGAAAUUCUCUGCCAAGAAGCCGAUGAAGGAGAUUCGCAUCCUCUUAUACAGAAAAUUUUGGAAAUUUUGUAUGCAACGGAGGAUGGUUUUGCGCCUCCAGAUGAGAUUCCACCCGAAGAUGAGGAAUAUUAAACAGUUAAAUGAGCCAAGCAUGUGUGUUGCGGUGUGUUCUCUUUAUGAUUUCUUUUCGUUUAGUCUAUCAGAAAAAAACUUUACCUCUUGUUUGUUUUCUUUUUGUUUCGUACACCGAAAAAGCCCCAUAAUAAAAUGAUUGUAGUUUCUUAAUAUUCUCAAUACACAAAAAAUAAGAAACAAACAAUUGCAAAAGAGCUACAACAACAAAGAUGUUGAACAUAAGUUGAACUUUUUUUUGCUAAACUUUGAGAGCUGAAAAGAAAGAAAGAAAGAAAAGAAGAAGGAGAGAUACGCAAUAAAACGAACAAAACAACUUUACCCUUUCAUUUAGCUUAUACACAUCAGAACAAAAACAAACAAAAAAGAGAGUAACAAUUUUUAUUAUAACAAAAAAUAAACGUAAAAAAUAUGCAACAAAACUAUAAAAAUGGACACAUAUGGCGAUUAAGAUAAAACCAACACCUUAUAUAUCUGUCAUUCUUUCUUUGAUGCACACACAUCGUCAAAUAUUGCAAAAAAUAACAUUUCUUUUACAAAUGCUCAAACCCCCCUUUAAACACUUUUUUGUCGUCUAUAAUUCUUUUCUCUUACUAUUAUUAUUACUUUUUUGUAAUAUUUUCCCAAAAUGAAAUGCAAACAAACAAAGCGAAAAAGAAAACACCUUAAACAACAAUGUAUUUUAAUUAUUUUAUUUUAAGUAUGACUCAUUUCUAUAUUUAAAAUUAUAAACAAAAAGAAACAAGA